AGGCAGGAGGCGGCGUGGCUCGCCGGGUGCUCCUCAGAAGGACUUUUAGCUGCGCGGCCGGGGCUUGAAUGUGGGCGCCGAGGGACGGGGUCUGUGCACCGCAGCGGGCACCGGCCGGGGCGGGGGCCCUUCCCCUGCGCUGCGGUUUGCUGCCUGCAGCACCGCGGUACUUAAGCUUGCUCAGCAGCAUGUAAACUUUCUGCACUAGCUGAUGGACUUUCAACCUACAUCAAAAUCUUCCUCUGCAACCUGACAUUGCUGCUAUGAUGACAGGAUUAGAAAACUGGCACCUCAUGGGAGACAAGUCAGUUUACAUCAAUGGAAAUGGCUUUACACUGCAUCCUGAAAUCUGUGCAGACAGGCUCAGCAAGUUGUACACCAUUUCAGCAGAGAUGCCUGAUUUUUCCAUCUGCAUACCUGGACAUGCUUUAUUCCCCGACUGGUCUUUUCAGUAAACACUAAAGAAUUCCUGAGACUGAACAUCGGAACAGAUGAGUUAAAUUCUUCUGGAAUGUUCUUCAUCAAACGUAGAUGUGCUGGACUUUCUGGACGUGCAUAAGGACACAAAGACUGAAGAAGUCCUGAAGAUUGAUGGAGGGCCAUGCUAUUCAAACAGCAGGUGUUGCUGAGGCAGAAGCUCUUUGUGCUAGGCAGCCUUGCUAUUGGAAGUCUCCUAUAUCUAGUUGCCAGAGUUGGGAGUUUGGAUAGACUGCAGCCCCUCUGCCCCAUCGAUGGUCGUUUUGGACCCCGCGGCCAGGACGAAAUCCCACUGCGAGCUCUGCAGUUCAAGCGAGGUCUGCUCCAUGAAUUUCGAAAGGGCAAUGCCACUAAGGAACAAAUACGACUGCACAAUCUGGUUCAGCAGCUUCCUAAGGCCAUUAUCAUUGGGGUGCGGAAAGGAGGCACCCGAGCACUACUGGAGAUGCUGAACCUUCACCCUUCAGUGGUCAAAGCUUCUCAAGAGAUUCACUUCUUUGACAAUGAUGAAAACUAUGCCAAGGGAAUUGAGUGGUACCGAAAAAAAAUGCCUUUUUCUUACCCUCAUCAAAUAACAAUUGAGAAAAGCCCCGCAUAUUUUAUCACUGAGGAAGUACCUGAAAGGAUUUACAAAAUGAACUCAUCUAUCAAAUUAUUGAUCAUUGUCAGGGAACCUACCACAAGAGCAAUUUCUGAUUACACUCAGGUGCUGGAAGGCAAGGAAAGAAAGAACAAAACUUACUACAAAUUUGAGAAGCUGGCUAUUGAUCCUAAUACCUGCGAAGUGAACACUAAGUAUAAGGCAGUGAGAACCAGCAUCUACACAAAACAUCUGGAGAGGUGGUUAAAAUACUUCCCAAUCGAACAGUUUCAUAUCGUGGAUGGAGACCGGCUCAUCACAGAACCACUGCCAGAACUCCAGCUGGUUGAGAAGUUCCUAAAUCUUCCUCCAAGGAUAAGUCAGUACAAUUUAUACUUCAAUGCCACCAGAGGGUUUUACUGCUUGCGAUUUAACAUUGUCUUUAACAAGUGCCUGGCGGGUAGCAAGGGACGCAUCCAUCCAGAGGUGGAUACCUCUGUCAUUACCAAAUUGCGCAAGUUCUUUCAUCCUUUUAAUCAAAAAUUUUACCAGAUCACUGGGAGGACAUUUAACUGGCCCUAAACUAAACUUCAUACAACACUUUCUGUUGCACCUGAGACAUGCAAUAGAUGUCUCUGAUAAAAUAUGCACUUUUCAUAGACAUGGCUAGCAAAGUAACUUUUUUUCAUGCAUACGUGUACAUAAUGCAGUGUGUGACCAAAUAUACAGUGGGAUCGAUUUUUUCUACAGAAUAGAAACUAACAUAAAUUUACUGUCAAUAUAGUUGCAUCUUUUACGAUAUAAUAAUAAAGGAAAAGGAGGUAUUUAGGGAAACAAAGUCAGACACUCUUAAAAGGGUCAGUGUUCCUCUCACUUAGUGAAGUGUUUAUGUGACAUACCUAUUGAUCCAAGCAAAACAUUAGUUUAUGCCAUUAAAAUUCUUGUCAAAAGUCUGUAAAGCUGUGAGUAAGCAUAAUCUUGAGGCUAUAUUUGGUAUGUGUAUUGCUAAAGGAAUGCUGACCCUUUAAACACAGUGCUAAUUUUUACAAUGAGAGUGAAUAGUACUAUUUUCUUAUUAUUUUAAAUUAAAUCUUAUCUCAUACAAACUACAUUGUUUUAAGGUUCCUGUGGUGAGUUUGCACUAUUGUUUUAUUGUAUGGACCAUCAUGUCACUUGUAGCAUGUCAAUCAUGUGUCAAAAAAAGUUCAAAUGAUUUUUUUCUCUAUACUUGUGUGUCGGCAAAGCUAAAUGUUGUGUACAUAGUGUACAAUGUUUGUAAAUACUGGUUUCACACUAAGUAAUUCUAUUUUGUAAACUGAAUAUGGCUAUUUAAUUUAUUGUGAAAAUUAAAUUUAUUGUGGUAUUUAAAGAUGGAAUGGAUUAAAAUUACCUCUAUGUGCAAGA